AAUCACAGUCCUGGAUUCUACCAGUCUGGCUCCCAUUGGCUAACAAACUAGCAAUGAGCUGUUGUUCAUUCUAAAUUGAAGGAAAGCCACACGACAAUAACCUAUAACAACAUUGUUAUUGAUGUCACCAAGACAAUAUAAUCCACUUCGGGAAUACGCCGAUAUCCGUGGCUGUACUGGUCAGGUCGGUCGUACUACUGGUUUAUUUACCAGGAAAGUAUGCUAGCACUGCUAGCUAACUAGCCAGCGUCUCGUCGCGUCCUCUUCAUCUUCAUGGGUUUCCGCUGUUGAUUCUUCAAAGGCUUGUGCUGGGGGCAGCGAGGCUAACAUAUUAAUGCCAUCUGCCAGGAAUUCCGGCCAUAUUAUGAGCGGGGCGGGUUGCAAAGCUAACGGCGCCGUGUACCCCGCCUCGUCGGCAAUGUUGAACUCAGUGAAGAAGCCGAAGAUGGAGCAGAUUCAGGCCGACCAUGAGCUCUUCCUUCAGGCCUUCGAAAAGCCGACUCAGAUAUACAGGUUUCUUCGCACGAGGAACUUGAUUGCACCCAUAUUUUUGCACAGGACUCUCACCUUCAUGUCUCACAGAAAUGGGCGAUCAAAUGCCAAAAGGAAAGCAUUCAAAGUGGAUAACAUGUUACAGGCAGUAGAGAAGAUGAAGGGAGAGCAGGAAUCUCCCAGCUUGUCUUCACAUCUGCAUUUAACUUUCACCGGGUUCUUCCAUAAGGAUGAAAAGCCAUCUCAGAAUUCUGAAAAUGAACAAAAUUCAGUCUCAUUAGAGGUGCUACUUGUCAAAGUCUGCCAUAAAAAACGCAAGGAUGUCAGUUGUCCAAUUAAGCAAGUGCCUACAGGUAAAAAGCAGGUGCCUUUGAACCCUGAGAGCAACCAAACCAAGCUGGGCUCCUGUCCGUCCUUAGUGGUGUCCAGCAAUGAGUUUGAGCCCAGUAACAGUCACAUGGUCAAGUCCUACUCGCUCCUCUUCAGGGUGUCACGCACAGGGAGGAGGGACACAAAGGGCCUGGCCAACGGUGAAGCCAAUGAAAACAUUGAUGUGACAGACACUCAGAGUAGAAAGAAGAGGAGCUCAUCCCAUAAAGAAGGAGAUGCAACAGAGACCUAUGUCGCACAGAUGACAGUCUUUGACAAGAAUAGGAGGUUGCAGCUGCUGGACGGGGAAUAUGAGGUAUCCAUGCAAGGGAUGGAGGACAGUCCUGUGAGCAAGAAGCGAGCCACAUGGGAGACCAUUCUUGAUGGCAAGAGGCUGCCACCAUUUGAAACAUUUUCUCAGGGACCCACGUUGCAAUUUACUCUACGUUGGACAGGAGAGGCCAGCGGGACAGCCACUGCCCCUGUAGCAAAGCCUCUGGCUACACGAAACUCUGACACCUCUGGACCCAUGGAGACCAGGACCAGCCACCAUAGAACGGCACCCAUGACAGUGAAAGAGUCCGUCGGCACAGACAUCCAAACGAGGAAAGAGCAUGUCCCUUAUGAGCCACGCCAGAAGCUACGAAUAUUUUAUCAGUUCCUGUACAACAACAACACACGGCAACAGACGGAGGCAAGAGACGACCUUCACUGUCCUUGGUGCACGCUGAACUGCAGCAAGCUGUACAGUCUGCUCAAGCACCUCAAACUCUCCCACUCACGCUUCAUCUUCAACUAUGUGCCUCACCCCAAAGGAGCAAGGAUAGACGUGUCCAUCAACGAGUGUUAUGAUGGCUCGUACGUCGGCAAUCCUCAGGACAUCCACAGCCAGCCGGGCUUUGCUUUUAGUCGCAAUGGUCCAGUAAAGAGGACCGCUGUCACCCACAUACUGGUUUGCAGGCCCAAGAGGACCAAGCCAAGUCUGUCAGAGUUCCUAGAGUCAGAGGACGGAGAGUUGGAGCAACAGAGGACCUAUGUCAGCGGACACAACCGCCUCUACUUCCACAGUGACAGCUGCAUGCCUCUGCGGCCCCAGGAGAUGGACGUGGACAGUGAAGAUGAGCGAGAUCCAGAGUGGCUGCGAGAGAAAACUGCCACGCAACUGGACGAAUUCACAGAUGUGAAUGAAGGUGAGAAGGAGGUGAUGAAGCUAUGGAACCUUCAUGUCAUGCAGCACGGCUUCAUAGCAGACAACCAGAUGAACCAGGCCAUCAUGCUGUUUGUGGAGAGCUGCGGCGCGCACAUUGUCCGUCGCAACCUCUGUCGCAACUUCCUCCUCCACCUGGUCAGCAUGCACGACUUCAACCUGGUGGGCACGUCCACCAUCGACCGAGCAAUGAUGCACCUCAAGCAGAUCCAGGAGGAGCUCCCGGAUGCAGAGAAGCAGCAGGAGCUGACUCCGCCGGUAGCGACGGCGGGAAGCUGCAACGGGAACGCUUUGACCUCCAGUGCGGGGAAGCAGGGCAAGAGGACAAAAAGCGCUCUGACGGACUGAUGGAGGCUCAAUGCAUGGCUGUUAGUCAUGAGAGAGUUUUUACUCUGAUUACUCCCCUUCAAUAAACUUUCCAACCGUUUUGGUGCUUAGACAUGUGGUCAGCAGAGCAUCUGACCCAAAACAGACCAAUAUACAAGGUAAACAAGUUUUUACAACUUGAAGUGAACCAAAUAUGAACAAUGUAGAAACGAAUCACCAACAUCAAACAGGAUGGUGUCUUUGGAUGAGUGUGAACAGACUGAGAAUCUUGUAGUGUCUCCUUUAUAGAUAAUGCUCAUCAAAGCUACAGUUAAAACUGUACUGCUGAUAUGAAUUGUACGCAUACAUGAUAACCUUAGCAGAUUAUUUUAGCACUUGAUGUUUUGUAUUUAGAGAUUUUCCUUUUUUAAAGUCAAUGCUGCGCCAAAUGUCAAAGACAGCAUUUCUCCUGUCAUCAGUGGAGUAUUUCCUGUUGUUGGAUUUCACUGUUGAAACUGUGAAUUGACAUUUAAGGAGAAGCGUCAGGCAGUUUAGCGAAGGCAUUGUAAAGAUUGUGUUUGGGCUCCAAAAAUGCGUUUUAUUUUUUUAGGGUUUUUUGGGCUGAUAGGCUCUCUGGACAGUAGUGAUCAGUGAUCGCUCAGUUAGCUUUUAGUCCCACUGCAGUUUUUGCCAAAGGGUUAUCAUGAAUAUGUUCAGUUGUGUAUUUCUUUUUGUUUUUUGGAUAGUGGAUAUACAGUAAACAGACCAUGAUCAUGGUUCAUUCCCAACCUCAGUCGCAAAAUGUUACUCCUAUCAAGUCAAUUAUGAUUUCUUACCUUUUUAUCUGAAAGGGGGACUUUCACACCUUUUUACUUGCAAAACACCCUGUUGAUAAUUGUGAAAAGAAGGACUGGCUUUAGGGUUUUUAUAUUUAAAUAAAAACACAUUCAGCCUCUUUUGCUGCAUUGUUUUGGUUGCAUUUUUUUGUACAUUGAUUAGGUACUGCACAGCCAAUCCAACAGCUCUAUCAAUAAUUCCACCUUUACAAAGCCUAUAAUGCUCAGUUGACUGACAGUCCUAUGCCGCUUAUCUUCAUGCUGGAGCCUAUCCCAGCUGUCUUCAGGCGAGAGGCGGGGUACACCCUGGACUGGUCACCAGUCAAUGGCAGGGCACAUAUAGACAAACAACCAUUCACACUCACAUUCAUACCUAUGGACAAUUUAGAGUCGCCAAUUAACCUAACAUGCAUGUUUUUGGAAUGUGGGAGGAAAGCGGAGUACACUAAUAAAACCCACGCACGCACGCACGCACGCGGAGAACAUGUAAACUCCACACAGAGAUGCCCAACGGAGAUUUGAAUCUUCACUAUCUCCUGACUGUGGCCAACAUGGUAACCACUAGGCCACCGUGUGGCCCUGUGGGUAAAUCAUUUUUCAUAUAUAAAAUCACUGACAAGGGAACAAUGUAUUUUUCUGUGCAUAUGUAAUUACAACAAAUCCCACUCGGUACCAUGUCUUUAUUUUUAGUACUCAGGGAAUGGCUCUAUUAAAAAAAAGCUUACACAAAGUACUAUCUUCACAGUUUAGUUUUGAAUAGUUGGCUUGUGCUUGUAGGUAAUUUGCUUGAGACAUAUGAAGUGCGUUAAACAUACCAUU